GCAUGUGUGUGUGUUUUUAAAAAUAAAUUCGGAAAAUUAUUUCUUUACGUAUUUACAAAUAAAAAAGGUAAUCACGAUGUAAGAUACGUACUCAUUGUUUUUGAUCAAAAAGAUGAAUCAAUUGUAAGUGUAAAAAAAAAGAAAAAAAACAAAAGAUACUAUAUUUUUGUGUUACAACACUGAUACGCGAAAACGACCUAUUAUACAAUGUCAUGUAUACUUGAAGGAUUCAAUUAAUAUUGAAUUGUGCUGAUUAUUUUGUUAAAAAAAUUAUUUCGUUGAGUAAAAAUGAGCAGUAUUGACUUAUGGAUAUGUGACGUCCUUGGAAGUUACGGAAUAAUCGCAUUAAUCAUUUUAUACAUCGUGAUCUGGACGAUUAAGAAAUGGCCAAUGUUGCAAAAAGAUACCUACAGAACUCAUCUUGUGGGAUUUGAAAUGGAAUGCGCUGAACUGGCUAAUCCAUACAAGGAACAUCUUUUUAAAGCGCUACAGGAUAUUGUUUCCAACGACGAAAUGUUGCGAUCUAUGGGUUCUAUUCGUAUUCUCGAAAUUGGUGUUAAAACGGGCGAAAACAUACAGUUUUAUCCGGAGGGUACACAUCUCAUCGGCGUCGAUUGGAAUGUCAAACUAGGCGAGUAUCUAAUCAAAGGAAAUCGUUCAUGGCAAUUUUCUCAUGUAAUUAUCGAACGACUAAUAAUGGGCGAUGGAAGCUCCUUGAAGGAAAUAUUAACGGGAUAUGUGGAUGUAGUUGUGACAACUAGAUCACUGUGUUCCGUUAAAUCAAUACAAUCUACUCUUCAAGAAAUUCGACGGGUAUUAGCUCCGGGCGGAAAAUAUAUCUUUGUGGAACACGUUCCAGAAAAAGAAGGCACUUUUAUACGAUGGUUACAAAUAGCAUUAACACGUUGCGGUAUAUGGCCUUCCUUAUUUGGCAAUUGUCGUUUAGAUGUUGACUGUGUUGCGGAUAUAGAAAAUGCUGGUUUCAAGAAAGUAUCAUGGACAUUCUUAGCUUUGGAAGGAUAUGUUUCGCAUCCGCUUCAUUUGACUCUCUCCAGACAGCACGUGUUCGGUAUAGCAACGAGAUAGACAUGUAUUACCGCUGCAAUAAACACCAAAUUUUCAACAUCAACAA